AUCUAAAUUUUACACAACAAUCAGAAUUGACAGAAUUGGUUUGUUUAUUAAACAAAAAAGACCAAAUAAACUGAGAGUAAAUAUAAAUUACAACAAAAAAUAUAAUACUCGCACGCUAAUUAUAAUCGAUUGAAAAACCGCGCAAACUUGCAACACGCAAUGCUGCGUUGCAUACGUUUUGGUGAAGUGCUGCUGGACGAGACCUUCCGGACAUUUUUAAUAUGCAAUCAGUGUCACACAGAAUUUGUGGAGGUGCCGGAGUUUCGAGUACAUCUAGCGACUACCUCUUGUGGCCAGCGCCUUUUUGAGGAAGAAGUAAUUGGUUUAAAAUUUGGAGCGGCGCAAGUUACUAGGACUGGCAAAGAUAAAACAUAUUCAUUGUAUAAUCCUGCCGAUGUACACUUGGCCACUACUGAACCUGCGAUUAGCUCGGAGACUGCAAAUGACGGUGGUGAUGAUGCCUAUUUGGACUUGAUAAAAAUAGAGGAAGAGUUACUAGAUCCACGUUGGUAUACAGAUAUUACAGGUACUCAGUCUGAUGUAGGUAGCCCUCAACCGGCCGCUUCAUUGCCGGCAUCUAGUAAUAACAAGCCAAUGGAAUAUAAGGAGCUAGUGGAGGCUGUGGGGCCGUAUGUGCAAUUCAAAGAAAAUGCAACUAAAGGAAAAGCCAGCGGCGUUGUGGUAAAGCGUUUUCCAAACAAAACAUGCAACCCAACGGCAGUGGUGAAAAAUCCAAUCUUGCCAGUAAAAAUCCAACAGUCCACCAAUCAACCAUCAGUGCGUUUACUAAAUCCGGCUGCAAAGAGAAAGCUGGAGUUGGCGCCUAAGCAAGUGCAGUUUAAUGACGCGGUGAAUGUAAAGUAUGUAAUAAAUGAAAAAUUAUGCACGAACACAAUGGGAAAUAAGAAACUCAAAACGCAAAAUCGCGAAAAUUGUCAAAAUACGGAUUCGCAAGUACUUAGUAAACGACGUAAAACUAUAAAUAUACCCAUGGAACAGGCGAAUGUGCAACCAGAUCAACAGAAACUAGCUGUCAAGCGAAAUUCUGAUGUGCCAAAGACGACAGUGGGCCCGACAGUUGCACGUAACAUUGUUGCCAAAACAAUAGCACAAACGGCAACAAUCAAAUUGGAGAAGAAACCGAACAGCCUAUCUUCGGUUGUUGCUGGUACCAAUUCAAAAGCAAAUGUUGCAUCGAAAAUUAGGACAAUGCCUGCACCUCAAACAAGUGCACAAACGUAUAACAAAAAUUUGGUGCCUAAUCCGAUAGUAAAUCAAACACAAAUAAAUGGCACUAAAAAUCAAGUGCUAGUCAAAAAUCCUAUAACCUACUCAAAAGUUAAUUCAAAUGGCAUAAAAACGGCACCCAAUGCAAUCAAUAAAACAAUGCCAGCGGCUGCUAUACCACAGCAACGUACCGUUUCCGUCACCACCACUGCAGCAGCGCAGCCUGCGAUGUAUGCAGACUCAACCCAAUUGAUACCACCCGCGCUAGCUCCCUUAUCAAGUAAUAAAGUAUGUAAUCCUGCUGCCAUUGUCGCUGCGAAAGCGGGCGUUGAUACUCACCAGCAGACCAAUGAUAUACUGAAUAAGUUACAAACACGCGGAUUGCAGGUGAAACGCACGCAUCCGCCAGUCGCUAUAACGGCCAACACAGGACAACACAACAAAACCAUGGAGCUGCUUCAGAAACUACAGUCCAAAGGCAUGAGGGUGAAAAUAGUCAACGGCAAAGAGACUGCCGCAUAUGCCACAGGAGCAACAGCAGCGAACAUAAAUGCUAGUAUUAAAUUGCCAACCUUAGCACCAAACGCGAAAAUGGUUAGCAAUAUGGGAAAUGUGACAACAGCCAUUGGCAAACCAACUAAAACGAUUUUAAACAAUAAGCUCAUUAUCAGGAAAGUAAAAUAGAAGUCGAAAUGAAGUAUUUGUAGAAACGGCAUAGACGCAUUUCGGCCGAUAAUUGUUUGGAUGGUAAUUUUAAUAGAAUUCCAUCAUUUUAUUUUAGUUUUUCAAGUUUUUAUUACACAAAAUGCGUCAGAAUUCGCUAUGGUAAAACUCGAAUAAUUUUCAUAAAUUUGUUUUAUGCAUUAAUGUCAUAUUAGAAUUAUGUAUGUCUUUAUAUAGCUUUGUAUGUAAUGCUUAAUAUUUAAGCAACCAAAUACGCGUCACUAAAUGUUCACAGUCCGUUUGUGAGUAAAUUCUUUUGGACAAGUUCGUUUCGCUCUUGUAGCCGAAGCUGUAAAGUAUUUGAAAAUAAAUGGUUUUCACGAAAUUUAUUUGAAA